GUGUACUAAUUGAUUUAUUUGUGAGUUUGGGCGAUGUGUUUAUGUGUUUUUGCUCUUUAAGUGAGUUGCGUGACCAUGAUCUUUGUCCUUUGCUUAGUUUUCAAGGUAUUGACUUCAACUCUCAAAUCAUGCAAUUUUAUAAUAACUGGCCGCGAAGCGUAAACCGCUUUCAGAAUAGACCGUAACUAAGACUGGUGACUUAUUAGUAUUGUUUGGAACAAUUUGACCACACCGAUUCCGACCCUAAAAAAGAUUAUUUUUAAAAAAAUGGCUGACCCUAUUUUUUACAUGCCAAAUUACCAAAACACCCCUCUCAUCUCGUGAUCUCCUUCAAUCCAUUCAAAAUCCCCUCACGAUACCAAUACCGAUUUCCGAUUAGCCAUUUCCUCCUUUUUUGGCUGCUGCGCCUCCGCUUUUGUGCUGCGUAAUUGUGUGUAUCUGUGCCUCCACGUCGAUGGAGCUGCAGAAGCGCCAAGAUCAGGGCCUGCCGCAGCGCAAGGGGCAGAAGCGAAAACUGGAGGAGGAAAUCAAAGACGAGCAGCCGGGGAUCUCGCCGUCGCCGGUCGACUGCUCCGACGCUCGCCGCGCCAUCCUCGCAGAGGUAGCUGUCCAGGUCAACAUCCUCGACUCCGCCUUCUCUUGGCAAGAAGCAGAUCGAGCUGCCGCCAAGCGCGCCACUCACGUCCUUGCUGACCUUGCUAAAAACGAUGAGGUAGUGAACGUGAUUGUUGAAGGAGGAGCUGUUCCGGCUCUGGUGAAGCAUCUUCAAGCACCGCCGUCAACUGAAGUUGAUGGGAACUUGAGGCCUUUCGAGCAUGAGGUCGAGAAGGGCAGUGCCUUCGCGCUGGGGUUGCUUGCUGUGAAGCCAGAGCAUCAGCAGCUCAUAGUUGACCAUGGAGCCUUGCCUCAUCUUGUGGACUUGCUGAAGAGGCACACCGAGGGAACCACUCGAGCCGUGACUAGUGUGGUUAGAAGAUCUGCUGAUGCGAUAACCAACCUCGCUCAUGAGAACAGCAACAUUAAGACUCGUGUUAGGAGGGAAGGAGGAAUUCCACCUCUUGUCGAGUUGCUAGAAUUUGCUGACACAAAAGUGCAACGAGCAGCUGCCGGUGCUUUGCGAACUCUUGCAUUUAAAAAUGAUGAGAACAAAAAUCAGAUAGUUGAAUGUAGUGCGCUUCCUACUCUCAUUUUAAUGCUUCGGUCUGAGGAUGCAGCCAUACAUUAUGAAGCGGUUGGUGUUAUUGGGAAUCUGGUACAUUCCUCCCCAAACAUAAAGAAAGAAGUACUUGCUGCGGGGGCUUUGCAACCUGUCAUUGGCUUGCUUAGCUCAUGUUGCUCAGAGAGUCAAAGAGAGGCAGCUUUGUUACUUGGCCAAUUUGCUGCGACAGAUUCAGAUUGCAAGGUUCAUAUUGUGCAAAGAGGUGCAGUUGGACCAUUGAUCGAGAUGCUCCAAUCUUCUGAUGUACAGUUGCGGGAAAUGUCAGCCUUUGCGUUAGGGAGAGUGGCUCAGGACCCACACAACCAAGCUGGUAUAGCUCACAACGGUGGUUUAGUACCAUUACUGAAGCUCCUUGAUUCGAAAAAUGGGUCGCUGCAACAUAAUGCAGCAUUUGCGUUGUACGGUCUCGCGGAUAAUGAGGAUAAUGUCUCUGAUUUUAUUAGAGUGGGAGGAAUCCAGAAGCUUCAGGAUGGAGAAUUCAUUGUCCAAGCAACAAAAGAUUGUGUGGCAAAGACAUUGAAGAGAUUAGAAGAAAAGAUUCAAGGACGAGUUUUGAAGCAUUUGCUAUAUCUAAUGCGAGUAGCUGAGAAGGCAGUUCAACGACGUGUAGCAUUGGCUCUGGCUCAUCUUUGUGCCCCUGAUGAUCAGAGACUAAUUUUCAUAGAUAACGGAGGAUUGGAGUUAUUGUUGGGGCUUCUUGGUUCUGCAAACAUGAAACAACAACUUGAUGGAGCUAUUGCGCUAUACAAGUUGGCCAACAAAGCAAUGACACUCUCUCCAGUAGAUGCAGCUCCACCUUCUCCAACCCCGCAGGUUUAUUUGGGGGAGAAAUACGUAAACAACGCUACACUAUCUGAUGUCACCUUUCUAGUGGAAGGAAGACGGUUCUAUGCACACAGAAUUUGCUUACUGGCUUCAUCAGAUGCAUUUCGUGCAAUGUUUGAUGGGGGUUACCGGGAAAAGGAUGCAAGGGAUAUUGAAAUUCCGAACAUCAGAUGGGAAGUUUUCGAGUUGAUGAUGAGAUUCAUAUACACGGGAUCCGUAAAUGUUGCCCUAGAUGUUGCUCAAGAUCUACUGCGGGCGGCCGAUCAGUAUCUCUUGGAGGCUCUAAAGCGACUCUGCGAGUACACAAUAGCUCAGGACAUAUCUCUGGACAAUGUUGCAAGCAUGUACGAGCUCUCAGAAUCUUUCCAUGCUAUUUCACUGCGGCACACUUGCAUUUUAUUCAUCUUGGAGCAUUUUGAUAAAUUGAGUGCCAAGCCCAGGCACUCUUAUUUGAUCCAGCGGAUUAUACCGGACAUACGGAAUUACUUUGGGAAGGCACUGACGAAACCCGACCCACAUAACUUGCGGCUGUAGAUGACGACUGGUCUCAAUUUCUUUGAUCUCUCUAACUAGGAUAAGUUGUACAGAAGUGGUGGAUCGAUCUUCUUGCUGACGACGAGCUGCCAAAUAGGGUUUGGUGUCAUCAUGACAUGGCUCAGAAUCAUCUCCAGUUUGAUGGAUAAAAAGAGUGCCUUAGUGUGGCGUGGCGUGUACUCAGCAGAGUGAGCUGUUCAGUAAGUAGAAAUCACCUUCUUUCCCUGGGCUGUCUGGGGAAUGAAUGCAUCCCCUUCAUGAUCAUAGCCGGCUUUGUUCUAUUUGCUGGGUUGUGUUGGUUAUGUACGCGAGUAUGUAAGAAGAAACUCUUUGAGCGACGAUUCUGUCAUUCAAGGAGGUCGUCAUCGUUAUGUAGCACAAUAACAAGGUCUCGUGCACGAAGCAUUUGAUUCUUUCAACAAGAUUACGAGAUGACACGAGAAAGAAAGCCAAAGACGAGGGCCUGGAAUCUGGAUUGUGAAAGUUGAUAUAUUCUUAGUUCUCGAGGAGGUGGACUAUAGUGAGUAUAGUCCCUCAUUUCAUCUUUGGUCUCUAGUGCAGGUUUGGUUUGUUGGAUUGAAUUUGAUUUCAGAACGGCUUGGCAAGCUCAAAUUGCGCUUGCCUUUGCUCACCUAUCAUCAUCGCCAAUGUUAUCGAUCCACCAUACGAAAUCUAUUGGGUGCUGAAAUGGUGGUUAUAAGUAGGGGUGGGGAGUGUUUUAUGAGAAUUUGGGUGGGUUUGCAACUGUCGACUGAGAAAGUAACUCAUAUCUACCCAGGGAUGGCAACAAAACCCGAACCCAAGGGUACCCACCCAACCCAACCCGGUCAACGUGGGUAAAAUUCGUGUUGACGGGUUUUGGGCCAGGUUUGGGUUUAAACCCACUACACUAUUCAUUGGGUUGGGUUGGGUUUGGGUUUAGGUAAACCCGACACAUGGGUACCCGCCCAAACACAUAUAAUUAAUUUCCCGGUAUAUUUAAUAUUCUAAAUAAUAUAUUUUUCCUUAAACAAUUAAUAUUCUUUAUGUUUGUUGAGACAUGUAUAAUUUGUUCUUUCUAAUUGUUUAAAAUGAAGUUGAUAUUAUGAAGUGGAGAGUGAAGAAACUUAGUUGACGAGGAAGAAGCUUUCAAUUAAUCUUUGGGUUAAUAUUUUCGUAUGGCCUGAACUUUGACAAAAAUAAACAUCCUGACCAAUCUUUUCGAUCUAUAACAUCCUGGCCCGAACUAUACACCAAAAUAAACAAUUUGGCCAAACCCGAUGUUUGACCGUUAACUUGGAGUCAAACGCGCUGACUAACGGUCAACGCGCCACGGCACUGCUAUGUCACUCCCUAGUUAGAAGAUCUGAUAAAUAUUUAAUUUUUUUCGUUUUUUAUUUUUGGUUUAACUAAGGUAUUAGAUGAUUUUUUUAAUUUAUAAUAAUUUAAAAUUAGGGAAUGUGUGGAAAUUGUGAAUUAUUUUAAAUAUUUUAUGCUGACUUGGCAGUAACAUGGCGCGUUGACUAAAGGUCAACGCGUUUGACCAUCCAGGUUAACGGUCAAAAGUUGGAUCUGGCCAAAUUGUUUAUUUUGGUGUAUAGUUCGGGCCAGGAUGUUAUAGAUCGAAAAAAUUGGCCAGGAUGUUUAUUUUGGUCAAAGUUCAAGUCAUACGAAAAUAUUAGCCAGGAUGUUUAUAGAUGUUUAUCUUUAAUUUUGUACAAUUUGUAUUGAUCAUUUUGUGGUUUGCUUGUAUGCUCUAGAUUUGUGUUUUUUUGUAUGAUUAAUUUGUAUAAGAAAAUUGAUGUUAAACU